UGGUUGCAUACACACUUUGUGAUUAUGCUGAAGAUGAAAGGAUGACGUCACUCUAAUGAACAUAAUUGUGUCAUGAUUCGUGGACAAAACGAUAUGACAAAUGCACUACGGUGACUGCCGAAAGGGAAAGACUGAUGAAUGCAUAAGAGAUCGAUAUGGGCUCUAAAUUGAAUCGAUUCAUGUAUAAACUUGAGAAAAAUGACAACAAAUAAAAAAGAUCCAAAUAUUUUAAUUACAGGUACUCCAGGUGUUGGUAAAAGUGAAUUGUCAAGAUUACUUUCAGAACGCACAAACCUGAUUUGGUUAGAUGUUAGUAAAUUAGCUGUUGAUAAUAAAUGCUUAGAAUCAUAUGAUCAAAAUUAUCAAUGUCAAAUUUUAAAUGAAGAUAAGUUAUUAGACUUAAUGGAACCAAUGAUGUGUGAAGGAGGAAAAAUUGUAGAUUAUCAUGGAGUAGAUUUUUUUCCAGAAAGAUGGUUUGACAUUGUAUUUGUUUUAAGAACUAAUAAUACUAUUUUAUAUGAUCGUUUAGAUUCUAGAGGAUACACUGGCAAAAAAUUAGAAGAUAAUAUUGAUUGUGAAAUUUUCCAAACUAUUUUAGAAGAAGCAAAAGAAUCAUACAAAGAAGAGAUAGUUUACGAACUACAAAAUGAUACACUAGAGCAAAUAAAUGAUAAUAUCAAUAGAAUAUGUGAAUGGAUUGAACAAUGGAAAAUAGAUAAUCAAUGAUUUAUUUAUUUGUACAUGUUCUUUAUUGUUAUUAUAUCAUACCAGUUUUAUAA